UAUUUACGUAGCUUGCUAGGCCCAACCCUAACCUCCGUAGAAAGAUGAAUUUGUCUGAGCAACGCCGUCGUCAGCAAUCGCCCCGCAUUGUCCUUGGCUUGCCCCACCCUUACCCGCUAGCCGACAGCAAGCCACCAACAAGCUGAGUGUUUUAUGAUUAAUCUUCAUGGAGAAGGUGCGACUCCCGAGGCCCAGGCUGAAGCGGCGCCCGCGAUGAUCAGCCCGUGUGGCGGUCCACCGCUCAUUCAUUUUCGACUCUCAACUUAAGUACUACCCUCCUUCCCUCCCUCAUUUCGUCCCACAUCACACCUCUGCCCUCGCACAAGUAUCACCGCAACCAUGUCUCCCUCCAAGACCCUCAGCAUCGACUUCGAAAAGUUCUACAACAUCAUCGACGGCAAGCAGCGCGGCAGCGACAAAAUCCACCAUGGCAUCAACCCCGCGACCGGCCAGGAGCUGUGGGACGUCCCAAUUGCCAGCGAGCAGGACCUGAACGAUGCCGUUGCAGCUGGGAAGAAGGCCUUCCCCGCAUGGAGAGACACGCCAAUUGAGAAGAGGAAGGAGCUGCUGAUGAAGUUUGUCGACCUCGUCGGCCAGUACUCCGACGAGCUCACCACCCUUCUAUGCAAAGAGUCGGGCAAGCCGAGGAAAUUCGCGGCCAUUGAGGUCGCCGGUGUGGGUGGAUUCGUUGCCUAUCACUGCAGUCUCGAUAUCCCCACGGAGACGUACGAGGACGACGAAAAGACUAUCUACACUGAGUAUACACCUCUUGGUGUUUGUGGAGGCAUCGUCCCCUGGAACUUCCCCCUGAUUCUCUCCGUUGGCAAGGUCGCGCCAGCCCUACUCACCGGCAAUGCCAUCAUUAUCAAGCCCUCACCAUUCACCCCCUACACCGGCCUGAAAAUGGUCGAGCUCAUGCAAGAAGUCUUCCCCGCCGGCGUCGUCCAAGUCGUCGGCGGCAACAACGAACUCGGCGCACAACUCUGCCUGCACCCCGACGUCGCAAAGAUCUCCUUCACGGGCUCGAUCGCAACGGGCAAGAAAGUGAUGGAAGCCUCCGCCAAGACGCUCAAGCGCGUAACCCUCGAGCUCGGCGGCAACGACGCCUCCAUCAUCCUGCCAGACGUCGACAUCAAGAAAGUCGCCCCCGAGGUCGUCAUGGGCGCCUUCCAGAACUCCGGCCAGGUCUGCGUCGCCACGAAGCGCAUCUACAUCCACGAGUCCAUCUACAAGGACUUCCUGCAGGAGAUGGUCAACUUCACCAAGACCAUCAAGGUCGGCAACCCCGACGACGGCGACAACCUGCUCGGCCCCAUCCAGAACAGCAUGCAGUACGAGAAGGUCAAGGGCUUCUUCGCAGACAGCAAGGCUAAGGGGUACAAGUUCGCCGCCGGCGAGCCCGACAUCGCUGCCUCGAAGGGCUUCUUCAUCCAGCCCACUAUUAUCGACAACCCGCCCAACGACUCGCGUAUCAUCGCCGAGGAGCCCUUCGGCCCUAUCGUGCCCACGCAGCCGUGGUCCGAUAUCGACGAGGUCGUCGCCCGCGCGAAUAACACUAAUACAGGCCUCGGUGCGUGCGUGUGGGGCAAGGACGUCGAGAAGGCGGCGAAGGUCGCGCGACGGUUGGAGGCCGGCAGCGUGUUCGUAAACUCGUGGGAGAAGCCUACGCCGCAGGCUACCUUUGGCGGGCACAAGGAGUCGGGUAUUGGCGGCGAGUGGGGUAAGACGGGUCUGCUGGCGUUCAUGAACGCGCAUGUCAUCCACGUCUACAAGUCGUGACUAGGUAGAGGAAAGCAGGAUGUUGCGAAGCUGUGAGGAGAAUGAGAUGCUCCAAGCAAGCUUAUGAGAUAGGAGCAGAUAUGGCCCUGUAAAGUAUGAAUAACGGAACUUCCAUGACGAGCGUGUAUUU